AUGGAAACCAUAGAAAUGGAGAACAAAGGUAAACAUUGGGUGGAGAAGUUAUUUUCUCCUCAUUUUAGUGCACAAGAUUUUUUUAGUCAAGCCUAUCAGCCUGAAUCUCUGAUGUUUGAAAAAUUGGCUUUAGCGAGAGCAAAGAGAGUGGAAGAAAUCUACAAUAGAGCAAUUAAAAAUUUUCAAGAAGAAAAAAGGCUCAAAAAGAAAGAAUGUUUUUCCAAACUCAUUGUACGAGAAUAUGAACCAAACAUAGUAGGUGCAAAGAUAAACAUUUCAAAGAAGGAAACAGAAGAGGAUUCUGCCUGCUGUGGAGCUGGUAAUUUAGAUGUUGGGACUGAAGAAAGCUUAAAGAAAACAGAGGGUCAUUGUAUCUGGAAUGCAAAGGAAUUAGCAGAUUUGCGACAAGAAAUGCACAAGAACCAUGUGGAAGGAGUUUCUCUGAAACUUCAGCUGUCCACUUUGAAUGCAGAGUUAGUGGAACUGAAAGCUAAAUGCAAAAAAAUACAAGUGGACUUUGAAAAUGCUGAACAAGAACUUCUAAACUCCAAAACAGAGGUUCGCUGCAAAAAUACCCAAUUACAGCAGAUUCAAAAGGACAGCUUAAAAAAAGAUUUUGAGCUUCAAGCCUUAAAACAACAUUUACAUGAAAAAUCAGCAAACAUAAGCAGCUUAAAUGAAGAGCUGCUUCAGGCAAGAAAAGAAAUUCAGAGUUUGGAUCUAAAGAACAAGGAUUUACAACAAGAAGUUAAGAAGUUAAAACAGCAACAUGAUCUUGGAAAUAAGGCCUGCAUAGAAAAGGUGAAACUGCAUUAUGAUUUAAAAAUAAGAAACAUACAAAAAGAACUGGAGGAUGUUAAAAGUGAGCUGAGUGAUGAAAAACUUUUGCAUGCUAAGAAUGUUAAGGCUUUAGAAAUACUUAGGAAACAUUUUUCAGCCCAACCAUUAUCUAAUAUAUUUGACAAUCUGAGAGUAGAUUUUCUUUAA